GCGUCCAAAAAAACUUGAAAUCGGCCCUAAUUAAUCGGCCAUUCCGAUUAAUUGGUCGACCUCUAAUGUAAACGUAGUGCCUCCAUGUGUUUCCAUUCCAGUGAAAUGGUGUUUAACAUCUAGUCUCUCUCUCGAUAUCUCCCUCUCUCACCAUGAUUACAACCUUUGAAGGCCAGCCAAAACAUUUAGUUUAAUCUGUUAAAUCCUUUCAAUAAGAUGUUUUUGAUUGUAGACUGAGGGUUCCAUUGCCCCCUUCUACCCUCCCAGCUUUCCAACACAAUGGCAGCCCAUCAUAACCACAACCACAAUCCCAACACAACAGUCACACUAACCAUUACAAAUGGCAGUCAGAGGAUGUUUUCACUCAGAAACAGUACUGACUAAUGUGUGUUAGAAGAACUGCAACUGAGGAAGUCAACCAAUCUAUAUAGAGAGAGGAGUAAAGGGAGAAUCUUAGAGAGUGUUUUGGAGAGUGGUAGAGAAAGAAGGAAUUGGAGAGAAAAGAGGAUAAGUGGAAGAGGGGGAGAGGAAGAAAGAGAGAGAGAGGCUCACUGCCUGUUGACUCACUGAGCAGGAAUGACUUGACCGGUCGUGAUCUGUAUGACUGAGCAGUGUGCACGCUUUCUCUUUCACACACGCUCUCUCUCUCUCUCUCUUGCACUCUCUCGCCACAGACACACUUACCAGCUGAGUGGAGAGCUCCAGCACAGCCUCAGGGACUUAGAGGGACUCCGCCGGGGAAGAGAGACAGGCAGGGACCCCCCCCCCCCCUCUGGAGCUCACUGGAACUUACUCUGUUUUUCUCUCUCUCUCUUUCUCUCUCUCUUUGUCUGUUCUCUCUCACUCAGUCUCUCUCCCCUUUCUCUCCCAUUAUCUCUCUAUUUCUACUCUCUCCUUCUGUCUCUUUCCCUCGCUCUUUUUCCCUCUCCUUCUCUCUCUCUCUGUCUAUCCCUCUUUCUCAGAAUGGACACAGGAUGUGAAGAGAGCAGGUGGCUGACAGUCUCACAGCAACAGACCCUUGGUUGGCAGAGCGGUUGCUGAGCUUUGAGAACAACAGUCAGGGCUUUAGGGAAUAAGGCUUUCCUCCAGCCAGUGAAUAAGGAUGAGAUUAUUGCUCCAAAGGCCCGUGAGAUCUAUCAGAAAGCAAAAGGCGUUUAAUGACAGGAUGGAGUGUCAGAAGCUGCUGGAGGUUCAGGGGCAAGGGAAGUCUAGCCGCCAUAAGAAUCGAGUGGCGCUCAUGUUCAAGGCCUCGGAGGCCAACCUGGACAGGACAGCCUUACUCAUAGCCAACAACCCCCUGCCUGACCUCCAUAACCUGAAGGAGGGUGACAGCCCCACCAAAUACCUGGCAGGCAACCCCCCCGCCCCCGCCAAGAGGCUUGAAGCCAUUCGGGGUCGUCAGAGUGGUUUUCCUCCUCUGAAACAUCCUCUUAAAUUGCCAUCUGGGAUGGGAAGAGAUGUCAGCAAGCGGAGCAGCAGAGCUCCAUCAUGGGUGCAAACGAGUCUCUGUGUGCAGUUCUCUGAGGAUAGGUCAACGUUUUCAGACAGGGACAACUGGAAAGAAGGUACUUCCCUAGAUCUGACCCAGAGCACUGAGGUCAAAGAUCAGUGCAGUGAACUGUGUGAGCCCCUCACUCUCUCGGCCCUGCUGGAGACUGCAGUCACAGUAACAGCACCAGGACAGGGGGCGUUCCGCUACGGACAGACUGCCUACUGGAACGUGACCAACAGCUGUGAACUGCCGCCAUGACUCCUGAUGCCUGGACCUUUCAAUGCAUGCACGCAAUAGCUGUUUGCCAACUAUGUGUUGAAAUUCAGCAAUAAAUACUUUAUGGUUUAAAUUAUUUUUUGGACAUAUCAAGCCUGUGUGUGUGUGUGUGUGUGUGUGUGUGUGUGUGUGUGUGUGUGUGUGUGUGUGUGUGUGUGUGUGUGUGUGUGUGUGUGUGUGUGUGUGUGUGUGUGUGUGUGUGUGUGUGUGUGUGUGUGUUUGUGUGUACUUUAAAGCACUAUUUAAGAAGUUUUUGGGGAAUCUGUACUUUACUUAAAUAUUUAUAUUAAACUUUUACUUUUACGUCACUACAUUCCUAAAAAAUAUAUUUUUACUCCAAACAUUUUCCCUGACAACCCAAAGUACUCUUACAUUUUGAAUGCUUAACAUAACAGGAAAAUUGUGU